AUGGAUCUUAAGACCCUAAGUCGCCACUACCACAUUCCAAUUCAAAACCCCAUAUUCAAACCACAUUGCACAUCCCAUCUACACUCCUCUUCCAAAAAUCGCCGCCCAAGUUCUUCUCGAAUCUCGGCAAAUCUUCGAAUCUCUCCGGCAACUUAUUCCGGCCGCCGCAGCCGACUGACAACUUGUUGCAUUAGUCCAAGCCAAGAAAUUCUGAGCGAAGACCCCGAAAUUGCGAAUGAAAAUGUCGAAAAGAUCACUUCUAAUUCGCCCUUUGCACAACCGGAAGAGACGCCGGAGGAAACAGAGGUGGCGGUUUCGCCGGAAAGACAAGAGUUCGCUGGAGAUCGUAGCAUUUGGGAUCAGAUUUUAGAGAUUGUCAAGUUUUCUGGACCAGCUACUGGGUUGUGGAUUUGUGGUCCGUUGAUGAGCCUCAUUGACACUGCUGUCAUUGGCCAGGGAAGUUCUCUUGAGCUUGCGGCCUUAGGACAACUUGCUCGGGAAGUUUACGAGAACAUUAGGAGAGAAGCUUCUUGUCUGAUAAUUCAGAGAGAUUUUUGUAUGCAUCUUGCUAGGAAAGCAUAUAAAGAAUUGUGCUCCUCUGCUAUUUCUAUUCAGGCUGACAUGCGUGGAAUGGUUGCACGUGAUGAGCAUCGCUUCAGAAGGCAGAUUGCUUUUUAUGGAAAGCUUUCAUUGUUAGCAGGUGGAGUGGUACUAGGUCCUUCAAUAUUAGGACAGAGUGAAGAAUUUGCAAAAGCAAUGUUCCCUCUAAGAAGUGUAAUGGUCCUAGAAACAAUGGCAAACGUUGGUCUCCUCUACUUCCUCUUCCUCAUCGAAGUAGAAAUGGACCCAGCUGUAAUUCACCGCACUGGAAGAAAAGCCCUAGCCAUAGCCAUUGGAGGCAUGAUACUACCUUUCAUCAUCGGCAUCUCCUUCUCCUUUAUCUUGCAACAAAAAUCACACACCUCCACAAAAAACCAAGCCAUCGUCAUCCUCUUCCUUGGUGUGGCUCUCUCAGUCACCGCCUUCCUUGUCUUCGCUUGCAUCCUAGCUGAGCUCAAACUCCUCAGCUCCAAUAUAGCCAGGAUCGCCAUGGCAUCCACUCUUAUCAACGACGUGUGUGCUUGGAUUCUAUUAGCUAUUGCUAUUGCCUUAGCCGAAAAUGACACAACUUCAAUGGCCGCACUCUGGGUGAUCGUAUCAAGCGUGGCUUUCGUGGUUUGUUGUAUAUUCCUUGUGAGACCGCUGGUCACAUGGAUGAUGAAGCGAACCCCAGAAGGGGAAGCGAUAAGCGAAUUCUAUGUAUGUUUGAUUCUCACUGGGGUUAUGGUAGCAGGGUUUAUAACUGAUGCUAUUGGGACACAUUCUGUGUUUGGAGCUUUCAUGUUUGGUCUAGUUAUCCCGAAUGGACAACUUAGUGCCAUGCUCGUUGAAAAGCUUGAGGACUUUGUUUCGGGGCUUUUGCUUCCUCUGUUUUUCUCCAUGAGUGGGUUGAAAACCAAUUUUUUGGCGAUCACAAGGGCUAUAACAUGGGGGUACUUGAUUCUGGUUAUUGUUCUUGCUUUUCUUGGGAAAAUUACAGGGACUCUAGUUGUUGCAAUGUAUUACCAAAUGCCAUUUUAUGAAGCGUUUACACUAGGUUUACUGAUGAAUACCAAAGGCCUUGUUGAAAUGAUUGUGCUUAAUGUUGGUAGGGAACAACAAGUGUUAGAUGACAGAGCAUUUGCAAUCAUGACCAUUGUAGCUGUAGCCAUGACUACGAUCAUCACUCCAAUUGUAACCACAAUCUACAAACCAUCAAAAAGGUUUGCCCCCUACAAACGAAGAUCAAUCCAGAUACUUAAACCUGAAGCCGAACUUCGAGUACUAGUUUGCAUCCACACCCCUCGAAAUGUUCCAACAAUCAUCAAACUCCUCGAAGCCUCCCACCCCACAAAAAAUUCCCCAUUUUGCAUCUACGUCCUCCACCUUGUCGAGCUCACCGAUCGAGUCUCUGCCAUGCUUAUUGUCCACUCCACCCAAGGCUCUGGUAGCCCCGCCCUCAACCGGACCCAAGCCCAAUCCAACCAAAUUAUCAAUGCCUUUGAAAACUUCAAACAACGCGUCACUUGUGUCUCCGUCAACCCUCUCACCGCCAUCUCUCCCUACACCACGAUGCACGAGGACAUUUGCAACUUGGCAGAGGACAAGCAUGUUGCCUUCAUCAUAAUUCCUUUUCACAAACAGCAAACGGUGGAUGGAGGAAUGCAGGUUGCCAAUGCUGCAUUCCGAUUCAUCAACCAGAACGUGUUGGCUAAUGCACCAUGCUCAGUGGGGAUUCUUGUCGACCGAGGGCUAACUGGAUCGGUCUGUUUAGGUGCUUCUAACCAGGUUUCACACCAAGUUGCUGUCAUGUUCUUCGGUGGAGCAGAUGAUAGAGAGGCGCUAUCAUAUGCUUGGAGGAUGUCUGAGCAUCCCGGAAUCAGUCUGACCGUCAUGCGAUUCAUCGCCGGUGACAAUGCAAUUGAUCCAACGAGGGUGGAGACUAGCGCUGAACCUAACAGCCCUACCACACUGACAGUGGUGAUAGACAGUGAUAGAGAUAUACAACUAGACGAGGACUAUAUAAAAGAGUUUAGGGCAAGAACUGUGAACGAUUCAAUAAUUUACAAAGAAAAGGUGGUAAAUAACGGAACUUGGAAAGCUGGCGUUACAUUAUAUGACCUUUUCAUAGUUGGCAGAGGACAAGGCAUGGUGUUGCCGCUCACGGCAGGGUUGACAGAUUGGAGCGAGUGCCUGGAACUUGGUGCAAUUGGUGUUUUGUUGGCAUCAUUGGAUUUUGCGGCCACCAUGUCAGUGUUAGUGGUGCAGCAGUAUCUUGGAAAUGGGCAUGGGGACGGACUUGAAAUGCCGAAUAGCCCAAUCCAACAUCAUGAGCAGUACAGCAACUUCAGCAGCCAUCGACCUAGGGCGCAGGCCUUAUUCUAUGAAUAA